AAUGCGAGUCUGCUGGAUUAUAAAGAAGAAAACUUUUGAAGACUUUUUUAUAUGGUUGAACGAUAGUAUUCCAGAGGAAUACUUUAUAGACGGAGGAGAUUUUGCUUUUGGAGCUGUAAAGGACCAAGUUCAUUCUAAAGAUGAAGUGUUUAUAACUAUUACACCAGACAUAGAAGUCAUCGGUCUACUCCAAGCUCAUGGGCUACCAUUAAUAAUUAAUGACUUAGUUGAAAUGGACGCAGUGCAGAAUAGUUCGAAAAUAGAUUUAAGCGUUGUACUCGAAAGAUUCUAUGAAAUCGGAGUAACUACUCAAACGAUAAAGAAAAUAUGGACUGAAAUGAAUAAAUUGAAAUUUACAGCUCUAUCUUCUAAACUCGUAACACCAUCAGUUACAAACUAUGAUCCAAUGACUGAAUCAGAAAGGAAGGAAAGCCUUUUUGAAAAUCAUACGAUUGUUUUAAUUAAGUUUUCUCGAUUUACGCCUUAUCAUGUUACUUUAUCAUCAUCAGUUGAUUGGGUUGAAAAUCAUCAACACCAUAGCUUAGUAAAAGUUGCCAAGCCUUUUAUAAUGUUGUCUCAUCACAAUAGCAUAAGGGAGGACUGUGCAAAUCCAUUCUAUAAAAACAAACAGGACAAAUGCGCAAACAAUGACAAUAAAGCAACUGAUCUCCUUAGAAAUCAAUUGGAAAGGAUAAUCGAGAGAAAGGCUAAAGAUUUUUAUGAACAAAGACCUUUCAACUAUACUUUAACUAAAAAAGUAAUUUACAACAAUCCACUUAAACAGUUUAUUGCUGCCUUUAAUAUAAAACCAAAUAUGAUGCUUUUCAACGAAACGUCACAUGGGACAACAAUAUCAGGAGAGAGAGUAUGUAAGACUGGGUGUACUUGUCAUACUGAAGCUGAAGAUCAUGAUAUUAGUUCAUUGGUAAAAAACUUUCACAUCGAACUGAUGGAGCUUAUUGCAAAAAAAAUGUCAAUGAAGCUUCAUCUAAUCGCUUCAUCAAGUUCAAAAAGUUCCAUAGUCACCCGAGAUCAGAAAAGUGGCCAUUUUAAUAAAGUCUAUCGAGAAAUAAUACAAGGCGUCAUUCAUACUUCCGUUGAACCCGUUCAAGUAACUAGCAAAUUACGCAAUAUAUUCGAUUUUUCCAUCUCUUUAAAUGAUGCUAAAUUGGCCGUUUUGAUAAAAAAUGAUUUAUAUGACAAACAUAUUCAUUAUCAACACUUGAUGAAUAAGAACAUUUGGAUAAUAUCGAUCUCCGUUGGAACUCUAAUAUUUCUAAUUGUUAAGAUGUCACCUUAUACAAAAAGAGGAAGACUUAGUCGCCAGUUGUGGACAACUCCAAAAUUAAAUGACAAGACUGACUUUCUAACGGCAAUGUACACUCUUUUUGGACUCCUUUUUUCUCAAACUCGAUCAUCCAGACCGAAAGCUUUUUCGGUAAAGUGCCUAUGGUUUACAUGGUGGUUGAUAACAUUGGCUACUAGUUUAAUAAUAACUUGCAAAAUGACAGAAUACGCUAUGGACUAUUCUUUAAAAGAUGAACCAUAUACGUUGGAGGAACUGGUGGCUGUAAAAGACUACCGUUUUGUUGUAGUCCGCAAAUCAAGUAUACAUAUAGCAAUCUCGCAUUUAUCCAACUAUGAACCAUAUAAACAAAUAUAUUUGCGUUUGGUGAACAAUCCUGACAGUUUAGUAGACACAUGGUUCGAAGGUUUACAGAUGAUCAAGCAAAGCGAAAGAGGUGAUAAAGUGGCUUUUAUUGACACGGAUAGGAAGCUUCUCAGUAUAUCAAUGAAUGAACCAUGUAUAUAUCGCGUAAUAAUAAGUAAACAAUUGACAUCAUCUUUUCCGGAGGCAUUUCCCUUCCAGAAAGGACAUGCUCUGCUGCCUCAUUUCAAUAAGGCGCUGAUGAAUGUUUCAGAAGAUGAUCAGUAUAAAGAACUAUUUAGCAAAUGGUUCCCUGAUCGAUGUCAAUCAAAAGAGAAAUUAGAAAAAUCCAGCUUCAGAACAAGUGUUCUAGAUAUGAAAUCAAUCUUGAUAAUAUAUAUUGUCCUAUGUACUACUUUUCUUAUUAUGGCCCUUUGGUCAUUUGCAACAUCAAAGGAAUACCGACCUAAGGUUGAAAAGUCUACUGGUGUAACUGAACAACUCGGAAAUCUGAAAUCAUCAAUUAAAUCUAAAUUUUACAAGACUUCAAGCCCUGCUUUGAAGCGUUCAAUUGGAUCAGAUGAUACCACACUGCUACAAGCUGAUAGUAAAAUUCUUUCUUCAGGACAAUCUAUCGUAAGGUCAACGGACGAAGGAGCGUCAUCUAUCAACAGUGAUACGCUAAUGGUUGUUGAUGAUGUUGUUUUGUCUGAUCGUUCAGCUAGUGACUCUGCAAACAUAAAAGUAAAGAGUAAAGAUGAUUCAAGUUCCAACGUAUUACCAAGAAAGCCAAGAAAAGGUGCAGGUGGAAAAGUUAAUAACAAAGAACUUCAAAUAACAUUAUCUCCCUUUGAGGAAGAACAACGACGCUUUAAAAUUGAACAUGAGAAAUUACAUGAGAAACACAAGGGCCAUGAAAAAAUGCAUGCGGAAAUGGUUCUCAUUUUGAUUGUAACUCUUGUAGUAGCUCAGAUCCUAUUAGUACAAUGGAAACGCCUUUUCCCCAAGUCCUAUCAUGCCGUUACAUUAUUUGGAAUGUGGAUAAUUCCUAUAGUUUUUGCUAUUAAAUUUUGGUGGCUUAGAUUUAUGUCGAUAUGGAUAAUUUUUUCAGUAAUAACUCUAAUGAUAUUCUAUUUUGCAACUAUGACAAAAAUUCAUCCCAGAACUCCCAGACUUGUCUAUAGAUGGUUUCUAUUAAUAUAUCAAAUAAGUUAUACAAUUGGAUUGAUUGGUUAUAUAAUUAUAAUGCUAACCCUCUUUGGCUUCAACGUUUUGAUUUUGGUUAAGCCUCAGACAGCAAUGGAUGCAGGAUUUUUAUGCUUAUUCUAUGGAUUAUACUACGGAGUUGUGGGUAGAGAUUUGGCUGAGCUCUGUACAGACAAAAUGGCCUCUCAAAUAGGAUACUAUACUGAGACUGGUUUACCCAGUAGGAAACUUGAGAGUAAUAUCUGCGCAGUAUGUGGGCAAGAGGUAAGCUUUGCCGACGAAGAAACUGAUGAAGUUAAAGUGAAACUCAACUGUGGCCAUUAUUUUCAUGAAUUUUGUAUACGCGGAUGGUGUAUUGUUGGUAAGAAACAAACUUGCCCGUAUUGUAAAGAGAAGGUGGAUUUAAAGAGAAUGUUUUCAAACCCCUGGGAAAAACCUCAUGUUUUAUACGGAAAUUUGUUAGACUGGAUUCGCUAUUUAGUUGCUUGGCAACCGGUUAUAAUUGUCCUUGUCCAACUUAUCAAUUGGACAUUAGGACUGGAGUGA